AUGGCGGGGCCGGGCGCGGGGCUGAUGCGGGCGCUGCGCGGGGCUCGGGGCCGGAGGGCGGCGGUGGGCGCCCUGGCCCCGCCGCCGGGAGCGGGCAGCCUUCGGGCGCUGGCUGCGGGGCAAGUGGAGGGGACCCGGGGAGAGCGCAGCCCUCGGGGGGACGGGGGGUUCAGGGCAUGGCCGCGGGGCUGUUUGGCUGCUGUGAGGGCAGCGAGGCGGCUCGCUGUGUGUGAACACCACAUAAAGGGCCGAGCUGGCCGCGCUCCCUUGCCUGCUGUUGGUGCUAACAUCUCUGUCGCACCCCUUGGGUCCGAGUGCAGCCAGCCACAUGGGAACCCAUUUUGUGGCAGAAAGGCAGAAAGCACGCGGCUGGGCUGCCCGCUCCCCAAAAUCCUCACGCCUGAUGGCAGCCCCGCGUCUCUUUCAGCCUCGGUCGCCCAGUGGCAGGAGGAAGGCCGGGUCGCCGUCUGGCUGCACGUCCCCAUCCUCCAGAGCGGGCUGGCGGCGGUGGCCGCCUCGCAAGGCUUCGCCUUCCACCACGCCGAGUCGGGCUCGGCCACCCUAACGCGGUGGCUGGGCGAGGGGCCCAGCAGGCUGCCCGGGUACGCCACCCACCAGCUGGGAGUCGCAGGUGCUGUUUUAGAUGAAAACACUGGAAGGGUGUUGGUUGUACAAGACAGAAAUAAGACUGUAAAUGCAUGGAAAUUUCCAGGAGGUCUGGCUAAUCCAGGUGAAGACAUCGGAGACACAGCAGUUCGAGAGGUUUUCGAAGAGACUGGCAUCAAGUCAGAGUUCAAGUCCAUCUUAAGCAUAAGACAGCAACACCAGCACCCCGGAGCCUUUGGGAAGUCGGACAUGUACAUCAUCUGCCGCCUGGAGCCCUCCUCCUUCAACAUCAACUUCUGCCAGCAGGAGUGCCUGAGGUGCGAGUGGAUGGACCUCGAUGAGCUUGCCAGGACAAAGCACGCCACACCCAUCACCAGCAACGUGGCUAAGCUGUUGCUUUACGGAUACCGGGAGGGAUUCGAUAAGAUUGACAUAACCAUGAGAGAGUUUCCAGCUGUUUACACAGGCCGGUUCUACAAACUAUACCACAGGGAGCUGCCCGAGUCCUACAGAAACAUGACAUGAUAGCAACAGAUUUCACAUUUCGUUAUAUUAAUAAUUUAGAAUGUUUAUUUUAAGAGUUAUUUAGACCAUAUUAAAAUUAUUCAUGGACCAUUUGAUUUUAGGAUGAAAAAAUCGAUAUUUAUUCUCUAAUAAGCUAUAAAGACAUAAGUUAUUUUAAAAGGUAAAUAUUUCUGCACACGUGCAUCAAAUUAGUUUCCCUUUACUCUGUAAAGUGAAUGUAAGGUAAAUAAAAUAGCUCUAUAUAAAUCUCUAGCAGAAAACAGAAGUGUUAUUGAUCCUGAAAAUAUAUUUUCCAAGUAACAUUACCUCCACACACACUGGCACAAUAGGUUUAAAGAGCAGUAUAAAGACAGUACGAAACAUUCAUGUUUUAACCUUUCUGCAAAAGCAGCUAGUAUCAGCAAAUAAUUGCUUCUAUUUUUGCUAGCUUGGAGAGGAGCAGGAAACUCUACCUCAAAAUGUAGUGUGGCGUACGUUCAGAAUCUGCCAUGGAAAUCAGCUUUUAGCAGACAUUGGAAGAAAAAGGAUAGCUUUCUGUCCAGGUCCGGUUUUUGGUCCAGGCUUGUACUGUCCAGUUCUUUUCAGUGCCACAUACCAAUCUGAGUACUUCCGUGAUCGGUAAGUGUUAUAGUUAUUAGAUUCCAAGCGCUCAAAA